CGUCUGUCCAGCCAACCCUUCCUAUCAUCUCUUCUGUAUCGGCUACGGAUGUAGCGAUGACCCCUGGGAGCUCUCCGAGGUCAUCGGGUCGGGAUCGCCAUCUGCCGAGCGCGAACAUCGAGGGAGACGAUCGAGACGAUGAUGACCUGAACUGGCCCGAAUUGAAGAGGCCGGAGGACGCCGGUGGGGGCGGGUCGAGGUUGGACAAGCCGAUUAUUUGGGGCAAAGACCUCAAGAGCGAGGAAGAAGUCUAUCUUGACGACCUACACUCCAAGCUCGAUCGCGCUAAGAAAGCUUGGGCACCGUCGACGAUCACGACUGACGAAGAGGACCGCAGAUCUAGCCACAAGAGCCUUCGUCCUGUGGCCGCUGCUGGUCGACGCCGGACGGACGAGGACGACGUCUCGAUCGCGCCCAGCAUCUCCGAUGAUGACGAAGACGAUGGAUACGAACAGGACGAGCUUCUUCAGAAUCCUCUCGAGCAGGAGAAUAUGAACCUUCACGAUGGAGAGGAUAGCGAAGACGAAUCAGCCCAACUAGGGGACGUCGCUGCGACCGCUGAAGAACCUAAUCCGGCGGAUAACCCUGGGUUGCCGCUGUUAUGGAACAUGGCCGAAAGGUCAGAAACGGUACCGAGGACCUUCUCGCCGGAACUGGAGGUCGGCGAGAACAGUUCUGGGACGGAUGACGGGGAGCGGUCAGAUCAGGACGGGGAGGAGGAGCAGGCCGGGCAUGGUCACGUUGAAUUAGGGGAUGAAGACGGCGGGAACGGAGACAACGAAGAAGAAUCGCCACCUCAAUUGGUCUCGUCUCCCAUUCACGAAUCGCCUUCGCCUUCAUCUACAUCCCCAUCACCCAGUCGUACGCUACCUGCCGGUCCACAACAUCGCCCUUCCGGUUCAACCUCGCUGUACCCGAAACCUCGUCUCUUGUCGAGCGAUAGCAAAGUCAGGUUCUCCCCUCGUGUGCGUGUCAAGUCGGGUCUCCGCGGUGCGAGUGGUGUAGCGGGAGGAAGUCGGGUCCCUUCUCGGAUUGGUUCAACGACCAGCGUCGGGGGAACUUCUGACGGGGCUGUUGAGGAGUCGGACGACGUCUUUGCAACCAGAGGUAACCGGUCCGCUUCGGGACAUAGCCGGUUGGGGGCCAUGACCACCUUGGACGACCCUCGUCCUUUUCGCCCGACAUCUCAUAGAAGCCCGAGCUUGACAGGAUUAGAAUCCACUUCGCUCACGUCGUCAGCGAGCAUCUCGCUAUGUGCAUCGCCACCGCAACACUCUUGGUUGUUUUCGGGAAACUCGCUAUCGGCGGCAUUGUCCGGGGUGAAUGAGGGCAAUACCCCUGGUAUUGACGAUCGCUUAGGUGGGGCGUCGGGUAGCACGGAUUACUUCUCUUUCCCUGGUGCGGGAGCAGCUCCAGGAGGAGGUGUAGGCACCCCAGGCUUGAACAGCUCGAACCCUCCAUCACGAUCGUCUUCUUUGUCCUUUAACCAGCGAAGAAAUUCGACCUUGACCCCACGAGAUCCCGAGAUAGAGAAACUUUCUGCGGACGCGGCUCGAAAACGCGCAGAGAGCUGGGCGAGGGAACAUGCGGCCAAGUCCUCCUCGGUGUCGAACGGGCUCUUUCGGUCGUUCUCUACUGGUGGAGGUGGGCGUGGAGGGAUACAGACACCUCCGAUGGAGUCGCCUAAUUUCGAGACCUCCUCGUCCGGCUUGGGACUUCCUCGUCGGACGCCUAGUGGAGGAAUCUUGAUCCGGACUUAUAGCGGACGGUACCUUCCUCCCAAUGCAUCCAUGGACCCGAAUGAGGUUCAUUACAAGACCGAACAAGAGGUCAUCUGGGGUUCUUAUUGGGACAGGAUAAAGAACCCGAGCUGGUGGAGCUGGAAGCUGAUCAGGGGUUGGAAGGAAUUUGUGCGGUUCUGGUGUUCGGCGGAAGAUGAGGAAGACGAGGAUGAUCUGAGGGAGAGGAGGAGGAUCUAUCGGAGGCCGACAUGAUAUUACGAAGAGGUUGUAGCAAAGUACUAACGCAGAACCGAGAUCGAGCCAUGUAUCCUCUUAUUCGCAUGUACUCGUAUACACGAGCAAGUACGAACGGUCAAAAAGCAUUCUUAUUUCCCGUCAA